CUUCCUUGUAGGACGAGUCCCACAACUGCGCGGUUUCACUUCAGCGACGGACACUGCGAGCGUUUCACAUGAAGCAAAAGUUUGAAGUCAAACAUUGUCAACAGGCGUUUUUUCGAGGUGGACAGCUUGGCGAGUUUUUGUGAAGAAGGCUUAUCUUUUGUUCUUUGUUUGUUUUUUGCUAUUUUAUAGUUCUCAUCUGCACCCAUGGAAAACUUAAGUUCCCCAGCACUGUCUCUCCCUCACCAGACGUCUUACAGGACCUACAGCGUCUGCUCGGACUCGUCGUCCCGUACCUUACCCUCCAACUCCUCAAUGUCAACCACACUUUCCUCGGGGCCGUACAAUUUAAAUGGAUCAUACGAAUCCGUUCGAUACCUGGUUCCCGUCCAGCAGCAGCAAAUGCAGCAGCAGCAGCAGCAGUUCAUGGUGAUGCCCCAGGCUAUGCCUCAAAUGCAGGUGAUGCCCCAGGCUAUGCCUCAAAUGCAGGUGAUGCCCCAGAUGAUGACCUCGCAGGUGAUGCCCCAGAUGAUGGCUACCCAGGUCAUGCCCCAGAUGAUGACCGCUCAGGUCAUGCCCCAAAUGAUGACCUCCCAGGUCAUGCCUCAGAUGAUGCAGCAGGUCUACAUGCAGCAGAACGUACCGCGGAUCAGUAUCAGCAGCCAGGAGAGCUCGGAAAUGGGCUACCAGCAGCACAGCCUGAGAGAGAGCAUGAAUGGGAGCAUCUCCUCCAUGAUAAGCAUGUCCAGCCCAGUGAAGAGCCCUGAGCCCUGUGUCUUUGAGGAGGAGGUCGAGUUGGUGGACGAUGUGGAAGCGAGGGUGGAGGUGGCUGAGGAAGAGUUUGAAGAGGUGGAGGAGGUGGUGGAGGAGGAGGAGGUGGAGGAGGAGGAGGUGGAGCUGGAGGAGACGGAGAUCAUCAACGUGAUCCAGCCCCGGCUGGUGGAGAGGAUCGUGGAGCGGUACGUGGAGAGGCCGGUGGAGCGGUUCGUGGAGAGGCCGGUGGAGCAGGUCGUGGUCCGUUCCUCCAUGUCGGAGCACCGCAGCGAACGCAACGAUCACGUCGACCGCAGUGACUGGAGCAACCGCAGUGACCGCAGCGACCGGAGCCUGCGCAGUGAACGCAUUGAUCGAUCCGAGCGUUCCGAGCGCUCAGAGCGUUCCGAGCGGAGCGACUACCCCCAGGUCAUGAAGAUGGACACCCGGUUCUUUGGAGAGCUGCUGGCCGAGGUGUACCGGAAGAACUGCGACAUCCACUCCUGCAUCUCCGAGCACGUGGCCAAGAUCCGUGGGCGGAAACAUCAGCUCGACUCCACAAGUGACUACAAGAUGGAGAGAGAGGAGGUGGAGGCCCUCAUCCCUAAAGGAGCGUCUGAACUGACCAAACAACAGAUCCGCUACUUACUGCAGACGCGCCUGACGGCGGACAAGAGCAUGCGUCUCCUUCUGUCCACCUUCAGCAGCCUGCGGGAGGAGCUCCUCCACAUGUCCGACGACCUGCGGCGUCUGGAGAGUGACAAGGAGUCUUUAGAGAAGGAUCUGAGCUUCAAGGCAGACCAGGCACAGCAGUACGAUCGCCUCCUAGAGGUCGUCCGGGAGAACAACAGACAACUACAGACGUCCCUGCAGGAGAGCCAGGGUUCUCAGCGCUCCAUGGAGAGCCAGAUGUUGAGCGCCAAGACGUCAGACUCCGGCCGGGACUUCAAGCUCAAGGAGGUGGAAGGCCGCCUGAGGGCCCUGGAGCAGGAGAACGACAUGCUCAAACAGAAGCUGGCAGGUCAGGGCAGCAGCAACAGUGCGUCCUUGCAGGUGAAGACAGAGGAGCUGUCUCGUCAGUACCAGGAGCAGCUGAGUGCCCUGAAGAUGGAGAAGGAGAAUGAGAUGAAGAGCCUGCAGACCCAGCUGACGAGGAUACGGACGGAGACGACCACCACCAGCUCCUCCUCCGACCGGAGUCACCAGCUGAAGAUCACCGAGCUGACCACCAUGCUGGAGCAGCGGCAGAGGACCAUCACACACCUGGAGCAGGAGAUCAAGAAGCUGAGGUUUGAGAUGAGCGAAUCUUCCAAGAACGUCACCAGGACUGUCAUCACCAAGAAGUACCGGAACCAUUACCCUAUCCUGGGCUUACUGGGUGAUGAUUACAACAAUACAUCUCCUAUCAAGGAGGGCAAAACCAUAGUGAUCGAGAGAACCGGGGACAUCAUCAAACAGGAAACCAUUAUAACCCCUUAAAGAAACACUACUUCUCUCCGACAGGAAUGAAUCAACAAGAAGAAGAUUCAGACAUCUCCCCUACCCCUACCCCUACCCCUACCCCUACAACCCCCCCCCCCCCCCCCCACACACACACACACACACACACCCUUGUCCAUUGGGCUCAGAGGUUCGCUGGUGGUUGCUCUGCACUUCCCGUAAAUUCUAUUUGGUUGAUGUGAUUCUGCUAAUGGGAGCAAAUUGUUUAGCGUUGAGCCAAUACAUUCCUCCUUCCAUCUACUGCAAGGGAGAGGACCACGCCAAUCCCACGAGGCUGUCCUCCCCCCCACACAAACACACACACAAACACAAACACACACAUGCGCGCGCACACACACACACGCGGGCACACACACGCACGCACGCAUGCACACGCGCGCGUGCACACAAACGCAUACAAACACGCCGCAGCUCCAAGCCGUCAAUGGUAGAAGACGCACAGUGCUGCUAGCUAGCCUGUGAUGUCAUAUCCUGUAUGCAGGAUAUUCUUUUAUAAAUCCACCACAACCGUUGUAGCCUCAGGGACAAUGGAAUGGGUGGCUGCCACAAUGUCUUUGCUUGUAAAUAUGUUUGUAUAUCUCCAGCAUGCAUGUGCACAAAUGCUUCUUCACUGUGUUGACAAAUGGAAGAAAACUGUGUUGGGUUUGUUUUUGCUGUGCUUUUUAUCGGGUGGUUAUUUUUUUUUAUUUGGUGAGUCAGAUCUGACUGUGGUCAUGUUUACUUGGUUUGGCAUGGGUGCUGGGUACAAUAAGGAUUCUGAGCAUGUGGUUUGAAGGGUUUGGAUGCAGGUUAUAUUUGGGUGCAGGAGAUUUGUCCUCAGCGGUUGUGUCGAUUCAGAUGUUGAAGUUCCAUCACGAUUACUCCAGGAGCUUGUGUUGUGGACUUCACCGGUCACUUCACAUGAGUCUCCGGGAAAGGCUGACCAGGAAUUGGGAGAGAGUUUGGAUCUAAAAGAAUGUUACUGUUAAUACUCUUUGACAUUAAUACCUUGUGCCUGUUGGCGAUGGACCAUGCCUUCCAGGUCCUUUUUUUGGGGGCAAGGCAGAACUUUGUAAAUUGUAAAUCAACUAAGCAAUAUUCUAACUGGGCUAAAUAAUUUAGAUAAAGCACACAUCCAUUUGAUCCGUGAUGUCAGCCUUGUGAAUUCAUAGGGUAACACAUUUGAUUUGGUUAGGGGGCAUUCUGGGUAUCGAAGGAAAGAAAGUAAAAAAAAAUAUGAUCAGAUCAGGGAGAAGGCUGAUGAUCACGAAUGAGAUAAAAUGUUAGAAAAUGAACCCUAUCAAUGUUAAACAGUUUCUGCCUGUAUUAUUCCUCAGGAUCAGAAUGUAUGAAUUGAAACCUUUGCAAAUGAAUACAAAUGUUUAUAUGGGUCACAACAUGGUGGAUGUGAGUUAAAAGCACAAUAUAUUGUUUAUAUUGUUUGUUUCACUGUAGGGUUAUGUUAUUCUGUGGCUUUCUUGGAGCCAAUUCGUCAUAUAAUGAACCUGUUUAAGUGUGUGUCCACUGGUGACUUUAUAUCAACAGCCAUUGCGUCCGGGAGUGCAUUUGAAAAAGUUUCAUUGAGAAUUUCCCAGAUUAUUGAAAAUAAAGAAAGAUAUCCCAGCCUAGGGUCUCUAUAUUACAAAUCAAAAGGUGUGUAUUAAGAGGGUUAGACAAAUACUUCCACGUUGUUUCUGUUGAACACCACCUCGAAAAUAUUGUGACUAAGUGACCCGGCUUGUUCAAGUCCCAAAAGGGCUUUGUGGUUUCCUUGUUUCCAUAUUGAAAAGGAAAUGUUUGCUCAGGUUUAUAAUGACCCUACUAUAUCCAGUUAGCUGCGGGAACAUCCAUGUUUCCUCAGUAAGAGUCUCACUCAAAUAGUCCCAAAAGCACUUAUAUUCCAUUUUGCCCAACAAUGUCAAUUGAAGAAACCACAGAGUAUUUCGUAUCGGGUUCAAAAACCUUUCUUAUUUUGUGAGGGGAUGAAAACUACUGAUUGUGUCACAUUUACAAAAAAAACUAUAAACAUUACAAUAGACGAAUGUGAAUUUAUCUAGUCUAAGUGGCACAUUGACAGGCAUUUAAGGGGUGGAAUCAAAACCUUAUUUUUUGGAAAAUAUAACACUUACAAAUUUUAAGAUAACAUCCGUUAUUGGCUUGUUUUCAGAUUAAUCGCAAAUGUAAUAGUCAGAAUCUUUGUUUUCAACAUAUGUAAACAAUACAAAUAGUUUGUGUGUCCAGUUGUAGUUUAUGUUAUAGUCAGAUUCUAUUUGAUAUGUUUUCUUAAAAAAGCAGACUUUUUCUAUGAAUGGGCGCCCUUGCUGUCUCCUUACUGGCUUGGCUCCGUCCAAUGAGAUUGCAGGGAUGAACGGUCAUAGCUGGAUUGUGAGUAAACGUGUAUUUUACUAUAGGUGCUUUUUGGUUCUCCAUGCAGUUUGUGUUCCUGCUUAAAAAAAUGCAUGAUUUGAAUAAAUUUCCUGUUUGCAAGUG